UUCCUUCCUCGACCCGACCUGCGCAGCACCGGCGGAGAGGUCGCUUCUUCUUCCAUCGCGACCAAAGCAAGAACAACAAACCGCCACCCCAAAAACACACAAAAAACACCCCACACCAAAAAACCAUUACAAAGAAAAGACAAAAAAAGGACACUUUUCUGAACGAGCUUUGGGAAGCAUCAUCGCAACUCCGGGCACGUGACCGACCCCGGAAAUCAAUCCCCCCUGGCCACCGACCAUCAAAAUCUCGGUCAACCAUCACCGAACCGGGCGCGGUCGCGUCGCUCACGCCAAAAUGGCGGGCACGUCACUCAAAGUGCCUCAAAUCAGCCAGGCUGAGAUGACUGCAUUCCACGAAGCGCAUUUCUCCGAGCUCGCGACAGAUCACUUCCAAGCCCACUUCCUCCGACCAGAUCAUCCGCCAGCAGAAGAAACCACAUACAAUGCGGCGGAUGACGAGGAAUACUACGAAGAAUACUAUGGAGAGGAGGAGGAUGGGCUCGGUUACUACCCCGACGGCGUCAAACGAACCCUCACCGACGAGCAGAUCGCCAUCUUUAGACAUUCAGAAAUCGAGGCUCUGCGUCGCGCAAAGACAUCUUCCAAAUCGGGAAAAACCACAACCAUGAAACCCGAGGAAGAUGCGGCGCACGGCAUGUCUGAAGAUGGCGAGGUCUCGUCGGCGCCGUCCGCCACCGCAAAGCAAUCCAAAAAGCGGAAGCGCGGCAAGUCUAAGAAAAACAAGACGAACAACGGGGUAGAACCGAUUGAUCUGCGCAAGCGAACAUGGGACGUGGUGGACAAGGGCCUGGCAACUCUCGACUACGGCGAAGAAAACAACGAGCCGGUCAACGCCAGCGCGAUCCAGCGACGUCGCAUCUCUUACGACGACUAAGGACGGAGGGGACACAUCAAACAUGACAAACCUCGAAACAUCCAAAACCCAACCCUCCUCCUCACCGGUCCUUCGCUGGAUCGC